AACAAGACCACCCUUGGUCAAAUUUUGGUCAACGAAGUCAAGCAGCUCUAUCAUGCACUCGCGUCAUCUGUGUCACUCGAGCCUAGUGAUUUCGUUAAUAGCAUAUUUACCAAGCUUGUCGAUAUCUGUAUAUCGCAUCGCGAUCCCGAGAUGGCUCGCAGGGUACUCAAGCACCCUGAUAUUCAAAGACUUACACCCCACCUGCGAUCACUUUGUGCAACCGGCGAGUACCUUCUGGAGCUACAAUGGGCCAUGAAGCUUACGGCCGACCACACAGAAUACCAAAUCUCGGACUUCACAUAUGCAGACAACUACAAGCUGUUGGUUCGGCUGGAGCUGCACGCGUUGCUAGGUAUUGGCGCCCAUAUUUCACACAUUGUGUUUAUUGGCAGUGGACCACUGCCACUGUCCUCGAUCGAAAUGGUGCGACAAGCGCCCUCUAUUGGCCGCAUCGACAAUGUUGACCGCUGCCGCGACGCGAUUACAGUCUCGACCGCACUCGCCCAACGACUAAACCUGGACGACAAGCUCCAAUUUUAUUGUCAAGACGCGAUCAAGUUCGAGCACUACGGGUCAGCGGACGUGAUUGUGUUGGGUGCACUGGUGGGCUCAGACAAUACAGAGAAAGGGGCCUUUCUGUGUCACAUUAUCGAACAGAUGAAAUCCGGGGCGAUCUUGAUGGUCAGAAGUGCACACGCCCUCAGGGAACUGCUAUACCCUUCUUGUCGUCUUGAGCAACCUGGGCUCGAGCCACUAGUGGAGAUUCACCCGCAGAACGAAGUUGUUAACUCCGUAGUGCUGGCACAAAAAAUUUAG